AUGAAUAUCUUUUUACAUACAUAUACCCUAGACGUUCCUUUUUUUUUAAAAAAUGUUCGUCACACAGGCAUUGAAGUUUUUGGUAAUGAAUAUACCUUCUCAAUGGAUGGUAUAAUAACAUGCAAACCCAAAAAAUCUAGUAUAGGUCAAUAUUGCAAAAGUUAUGAAUUGUCAGAUGUAAAAUUAACCUAUAUACAAUUUACUGAGAUAUUAAAUGUACUUGGUAAAAUAUACAGACCUAACACAUAUAAUUUUAUAUACAAAAAUUGUAAUCAUUUUUGUGAUGAUUUAUUUGAGUUAUUAAGUGGGAAAAGAUUAUUUCAUAGAUUCAUGUUAUAUUCAAGAAUAGGAAAAUUAUUUGGUAAAUUUCGAAAUGUUGCUUUAUGUGGUUAUAUUAACUCCAUGGAAAUAACUAGAGAUGAUAAGAUUUUAUAUAUCUAUGCUUUAAAUUUAUCUAAAUCCUUAUUGCAAAAAAAUGAACAACUUAAAAAUAGUAAUGAAGUUAUAUAUCUUAAAGAUAUUAAUUAUGAAUGUUAUAAAAAUUAUAAUGAACAUGCUUCAUCAUUUUAUGUAGUCCCAUAUCAAAGUUAUGCACAUAAUUAUUGUAAUACACAAAAAAUAUAUUAUAAUGAUAAUGUACUAAAUAAUGCAAUUAAAUGUUUAAGUGAUGAAAUAAAAAAUAAUUUACCAAAACCAGAGCCACUAACUAGCGUUUAUUCAUUCAGUACAAGUGGAACCUAUUCAUUCGGAUAA